AUGCGUAUGAGUGAUUAUCAACUGGGUUCUGGGCUGUCGGAGCUGGGGAACAAGUAUGGGAUCCCUUCAGGCUCGGGGGAGCUCAAUUCCGAUGAGCUUGAACAAGCCCGGGAUCACAUCCGGCGAGAAAUCAGGAAGGAGCUCAAGAUAAAGGAAGGAGCAGAAAAUUUGCGCAAGGCAUCAACGGACAAGAAGAGUGUAGCCAAUGUGUCCUCUAUCAUCAAAGAGGCCAACUCCCGGUUAGGGGAGUUGAUGGCAGCGCUGAACGAGAUCGAUUCUCAGCUUCUGAUGACCCGAGGUGGAGAGCGGAAUGCUUCUCUAGCUUUCCAGGGUUCAUCAUAUGGGGGAGGAGGGUACCACUUGUCAGCCUCAGUGACACCGUCGGUGUCAUCCUCGUCGUCAUCGGCCUCAACGGGUGCUGCUGGCAGUCCGCAUCCCCACUACCACCACCACCAUCAUCACCACCAACACCAUUCUCAUGCUCAUCUACAAGGGAAUAUGUAUAAUCUGAGCUCAAGUGGACCCAUGUCCCUUGUCCCUGGUCCACCUUCAAUACCUGCUCACGGUCAUGCUGUCAGCUCACCCGUGACCUCCGUGCAUGUGGAGCAUGGGGCACCAUCUCAUCCUCCGCCACUCCCUCCUCCGGCUAGCCUUUCCGGAUAUGAUACUGCCUCCCUCAACAGUAGCACUGGACCCCCUUCCUCCAUUCAACUUGGUAUGUAUUCUGAUGUCUUGCGCUUCUUCGUUGGCAAAAAUUAUAUUGUGACGAGGGCUCUAUUUUGUGACGAAAGGCGCUUGGAUCGUAAUAUCGCCAAAGAGCGUCGGAAUUUGUCUUAA